AUGAAGCAUGUCAAGCAUUGGAUUGGGAAGCUACAGGUGCCCACAGAGCCGGGGCUCUCGACAUCCGAAUUGAUGCUGACCAAUGAUGAUCUUCGGCCAGGUGAGAUGAUGCCUCGAAACACCUCGAUGUCAGCAACCCGUAGCGGGUGGGUGAAGGGGAUGACAUUGAGAUCAAGCAUCGUAGCUGACAUUGCCCCGUGA